AUGUCUUCAAGAUCUGUAUCGGGAAAAGUGGAAGAUUUGGAAAAUGCCGUGUUUAUUGGAGCUGUGACGAAACAAAAAGCUGAACAACGAAUUGGAAAUCGAAGUUUUGUAAUUUAUUAUCGUCUACCGGAUGAUGGAACUAUUCCAUAUUCAAUGGAAUUAUUUUUGGUUUAUUAUUCGAGUAAUGGAAAAUUCUAUCAUUUUUCGAUAAGUCAAAGAAAACAAAUUGAUGGAAUGGGAAAAAUAUGCAAAGAUUUGUUCAAAGUUGAAUGCGGUGAUUCAUUGGAUGUGAGUUUCUUUCUAUUUGUAAAAAAAAUUGGCUGAAAUUAAAAUCAAUAUUUCGCAGUUUCUAUCGCUAGAAUCUCUAAUCCGCCACUAUGAAACCUUUGUUUAUCACGAUAUUUCAACUGGUGCAAUGGAAACAUUUCCAGUUGGUUCAAAAGAAGGAUCAAUUUAUGAUGUUUACAAGUGA